GUGUUGAGUUUAGAAGAAAAAGACAAGGCCCAAAUGCACCGCACCGUGCCCUCUCUCCUUUUCAAACAAAAAUUCCCGUCCUUGCUUUGCCUCUUUCCAAUUUCUCUCUCAAAAAGAAACGAAAUCUUUCUAUCCAUUUCCUCACAUACGUAAGCUUUAGUUCUCUUCACAGUAUAGUACACACGUGGCGCUGGCCACCAUACCUAGUUCUCCACACACACACAAAAUAAAAAAAUAACACCGUAGCGUUUUUACUCCGAAUAGCGAAGAGCACCUCUUCGUUGUGCCCCGCAUAAGUUGACACAGUUCUUCUGUUUCGCUUCUCUAGAACUUAUUGCCUUAUCACCAUCUUAACCGCCGUUUUCCCUUACGAAAUCUUUUUUUGCUGCUUUUUCGACCCACAGCAGAGGACUCUCAAAAAACAGGUUGCGAUGCAGAGAUUCACUGCUCGUUACGCCCUCGGCACGGCGCUGCCGCCUGCCUCGCGCAAAUGGACCUCCAAGUUCAGCUCCUACUGGGCUCAGCAGUGCCCGCGACGCUUCGCCACCUCUGCCCACCUGUCGGCGGCGGAUGAGGCGGCCGCGAGGGCAGCAGCGACGAUGAAGCCGUGGAUCGCACCCGCCCACAAUCGGUCGGUGGCCAACUGGCUGUACAUCAGCGCCGCCUGCGUCGGCGGCGUGGUCUGGUUUGGCGGCAUUACCCGCCUCACGGAGAGCGGACUCUCGCUCGUGGAGUGGAAACCCAUCAGCGGCGUGCGGCCCCCGUUGACGGACGAGGAGUGGGAGCAGGAGUUCAAGCACUACCAAAAGUUUCCCGAGUUUCAGCAGAAGCCAGAUAUGACGAUGCGCGAGUUUAAGUUCAUCUUUUUCUGGGAGUGGGCACACCGUGUGCUGGCGCGCAGUCUCGGUCUCGUCUUUGGUGGCCCGCUGAUCUAUUACGCGGCGCGAGGACGCUUCAAAGGAAACGGCAAGUUCCUCGCCGGACUCCUCGGGAUCUUGGGCCUUGGCGCGGCACAGGGCGCCAUGGGCUGGUACAUGGUGAAGAGCGGCCUCGACAACAAGAUUAUCGAAGAGCGGCGCAAGGCCACUGUCUCCGCCUACCGCCUUGCCGCUCACCUGGUGCUGGCCUUCACCAUCUACUCCUUCAUGCUGCGCAUGGGCUACGGGCUGAAGCUGCCGGUGAUGGCGCCCUUCCCGCGCCUCGCCAAGGUGCAACUGUGGUCGCGCCUGUCUUUCUCCGUGAUGUUCCUGACCGCCACCUCCGGCGCCUUCGUGGCGGGCCUCGAUGCGGGUUUGCUGUACAACGACGACUUCCCGUGGAUGGCCGGUGGCGUCUUUCCGCCGUCGGACCACCUCUUCGCGCUGCAGCCGAUGUGGCGCAACAUCUUCGAGAACCCGUCCAUGUCGCAGACCAUCCACCGUGUCACGGCGGGUAUCACCUUCGCGACCAUCAUCGGCCUCAACGUGGCCACGUCGCGCCGUCGCGGCUUUAUUCCGCGUCCCGUCUUCCGCAACCUCAUGUACGUGAACACGGCGCUGCUGCUGCAGGUCGGCCUCGGCAUCUGGACGGUGAUGUCGACGGUGGACAUCCCAGUUGCCGCGUCGCACCAGAUGGGUGCCUUGAUUCUGCUCUCGACGUUGAUUCGCAUGUGCGCUGUUGUCGGCAGCCGCGGCGUCAUCUUGGCGUAG